AUGAUCAGAUCUUGGAAUUUUUGAAUAACUCUGAAAUAGAUGAUAUUAUGGAUUUGGGUGAAGUUUCUUAUGAAAGAGCUAAAAUAAUUCAAUCCGAAAGACCCUUCACUUCCUUGUAUUCGUUUUCUCAACAAGAAUUUUUGACAGAAGAAGAGAAGGAAAAGCAGGCUAAACUUCUAGCUCAGCCUAAGAAGAGGGGUAGAAGAGGAGCUGCCCAAAGAAAGGAAGGUGAGAAGGUUCUAGAUAGAGUUUCACAAGCUAUGAGAGGUUAUAAUGCCAUUGAAUCUGUCAUCAAGACAUGUUCACAAUAUG